GAGUGCUACGUGCGUACGUGUGUAUGUCGUCAGAAUUUUGUGUUCGGCGACCAGCAGCUCGUUCGUAUCAUCCAGCCAGCGACGAUAGCGAGAGGAGAAAAAAAAAGAAGAGUGUCGCGCGGCGAAAGAGAUAAAUUCGCAACGCCAUCGGGGUCCAGGAGUUGCACAACUUCGCGUCACGGAUUGACAGCGGAGCGUCGUGGCGGACACGAAGCGGCGAAUGUUCGUCGCGCGUUUCCAUAGAGAUCGUGGAAAAGAAAGACGUGCGUCGCUGGCGGUUUCGGCCACCUGCUGCUGCUGCUGCUGCUGCUGCUGCGAAGAAUCACGUGGGAAAAAAAGGCGCGCGCUGUAUCGGUCGGUUCAGUUGUUUAAAAUCCGUACGCGCCUGAACGUCGCGUCGUGCCCGCGCAGAAUCGAUCGAUCGCCGAACGAUGCACGCACGUCACGUGUGUUUUGUCAACGCGUCGUCGCGGAAUUGAAUUUUCACGCAACGAGGCAACGAGGGAUCUAGCGGCGGUUCGCGAUCCCGUGCAACGUGGUUCGGUGACCGAUCACGGUUGUGCGCGCGCUCUCUUCGCCUCGACGAGAGAGGAAAAAAAAAAACAGAAAGCCAGCGAGGAGUAGGGCGGGAAGAUAAGGAAGAAGGACCCCGAAGGAGAAAGAGGAAAGGAAAAGGAGGCAGGCACGCCGCGUGGACACGGCCGUGUACGAUUCUCCGUGUCACUUUAGUAUCGUUUUACCGCUUUUCGUGCCGGAAACCACGGUUCUCCUAUAUUCUCCUUUUCGGAUCGAUCGCGGUUUGAACAGUCGAUUGAACACGACACGAUUAUUAUCGAAAGAAAACAAUCAUGUACAAGCUACUGGGGGAUCUCGGUCAGUACCUGAAAUGGCAGGAAGUCACGACCGAUUCUAUGGUGUUUCGGUUGCACACCCACUUCACGACAGUGCUACUUUUCACGUGCUCGAUAGUGAUCACGGCCACCCAAUACGUCGGUAAUCCGAUCUCCUGUAUCGUCCAGGGUUUACCCACUCAUCCUAUCAACACUUAUUGCUGGAUAACGUCUACCUUCACUAUGCCGGACGCGUUCAAUCGACAGGUCGGUCUGGAAGUCGCUCAUCCAGGAGUGGCGAACGACUUCGGUGACGUUGACGCGAGGAAAUAUUACACGUACUACCAAUGGGUGUGCUUCGUGUUGUUCUUCCAGGCAGUAUUCUGCUACGUGCCACAAUGGUUGUGGAAUAUGUGGGAGGGUGGUUUGAUCAACGCGUUGGUAAUGGGUAUGAAUUACAGCCUCGAUCACAAGAAGAACAUCGACCAAAAGAGGGCUAUAUUAAUAGAGUACAUCAUAAAUCAUAAGCAGACUCACAGCAUGUACGUGUACCGGUACUUCAUAUGUGAAGUCCUGUGCCUGUUGAAUAUUUUCUUUCAAAUGUACCUGAUGAAUCGGUUCUUCGACGGCGAAUUCCUCAGCUACGGACUGCGCGUGCUGCAAUUCACAGACGUUCCCCAAGAAGAGCGUAUCGACCCAAUGGUAUACGUGUUCCCACGCGUCACUAAAUGUAUCUUCCAUAAGUAUGGUGCAUCGGGAACGAUACAGAAGCACGACUCCCUCUGUAUUCUGCCAUUGAACAUCGUCAACGAGAAGACCUACAUCUUCAUCUGGUUUUGGUUCACGAUUCUCUCGAUCCUCCUACUGGGAUUGGUGGUUUACAGAGCUGCAAUCGUCUUUGCUCCAGUAAUUAGGCCAAAAUUGCUACAGCUGUCCGCGCGAUUGGUCAAGGAAGACAUUUGCUAUAGUAUCAGCAAGAAAACCGAUCUCGGUGACUGGUGGCUCCUCUAUGUCCUUUCGGCCAACAUGAACUCGAAAAUCUAUAGGGAGUUCUUGAAGGAGCUCUCUACCGAAAUGAGUGACACGCCAUCUGUUGCCCCGUAGCAUUAAUAUUUUCAAAGAAUUUUAAGUAAAAGACAUCGACGAGGACUGACACGAGUUUCCCUGCACAGGGUGUCUCUGAAAAUUCUGUACAACCGAGCACCAGAUGAUUCCUUGCAAAACAAACGUAGAAUAACUUCUUUUCGUUCGAGGCUUAGUUCUCAAGACAAUCGACAGUUUUCUUUACUCUUGUCUAUCGUUGGACACACCGUGUGAUGGUUUUAAUGGGUUUGUAAUUGAUAUGAUAGAAUAUUUUUUGUGCAUUUUCAUGAAUCCAGUAACUUGUAAAUGCUGCACAUACAUUAUGUAUAAACACGAUAAUCGUUACAAGUUUGUAAAUUUAUUCUUAAAUUAUGAUUCGUUAACCAAGUGAUAUGAUAAAGCUUGUCGUUUAAAUUUUAAUUACUUUCGACGGAGUUACAUUCUUGAGAAUUAAGUCGAAAACUAAAUAAAGUUAUUCUAUAUUUUCUUCUAAUAAGCAAUCAUUCGAUGCACGUAACUUUCCCAGUCACCCUGUACGGUUCGUUAUAUUCUGUCUUUCAAAGAACUAAACGAGAAUAUCGACCUAUUGUAUUCGUAGAAAUCAUCACGUUACAUUACAGCAGCUUAGCAAAAUAUUUUCACGCCUAGCGUAAAACAAUUGACAUAUGUACGACUGAUAUAGAACGCUCAAGACACGCGAUGAUACUCUAAUAACGCACAAGUGAACACUUCAGGAUCUCUAUAUGCGCGUACGUGAAUGUGUGCAUGAGCGAGUGCAUGUGCCAGCGCGAAUCCCAUUGUUUUUUCUUAACGAUUCUCUAAAAAAUCGUUCUUAUACUUCAUUAGUAAUAGUUUCCCAAAGCAAAAAACUGUUUCACGUUGAGAAUUAUUGCUCAAAGCAAUUCAGCGCCGCGUUUCUGUUUUCCAGAAUAGUGAUAAAGAAAUUCUCGAACGUGUUGAAGCAGAAAUACCCGUGUAACAUUUUUCUACAAUGAGAUCAUCGUAAUUUUUAAUCUAUCGAUCGUCAUUGUAAACCGCGCACUGCCCGCGAGAAAUUUUUUAUUUUCUUAUAUUCCUACACAGCGUAUUCAGACGGCGUUAGUAAAUAUUACCGAAGCCAAUAAUGAUGCGUACAACGACGCCCAUGCAUAUUGGGGCACUUGGUUGAAACGUUCUCGAUCUUCCGAAAUAUCAUAACCUCUUUCACGUUCCUGAGUUAAAUUUUCUUGGGAGAUUCUUUCAGGUCCGAAUCUAUUCGUUCAAAUAAUAAAAUAAAUGUUCACAAAUACCUGACGUAAAAAUUAUUGCUAAUGUUGUGCAAAUUAUAUUUGCUAAUGUUUUUUUAAUAAGUUGGUUUCAACGUACGUACAUUACCGUUCAAACGUUUGAUGGAAGAAGUCACACUUUUUAAUAUAACAUUUUUUUUAUUAAUAGAUUGAAAGUAACCGCUUGUAAAGAAGACUUAUAUCACAUAUUUUAAUUUAAAUUCUGAAGAAUUUUUAAAUUUUAGAAACAAAGUAUUUUGAGAAAUUAGCGAAUGGCAAAAUUAAUAAGGCAAACAGGGAUUCCAGUCUUUUAAUUAAUUUUGUGUGUACAGUAUAAACUGUUACGGUAUAGAAUACUUUAAUUGUAAUAAAAUACUUGAUUUUGCAAUGCUCAACUGAUUGCAAACUUUUGAACGGUAGUGUAUAUAAAUGAUUUACGGGGAAAAAACUGGUAUUCAAUGACACAAUUUUCAAGGACAACGCUUUCCCCUUCAAAAGUAUACGUAAGUUUCACUAUCCUUCCACUUUUCUUACCAAGGCCUUCAAUCAUUUUUUCACGCUACGAAGCGAGUAAAAAAGCGUAUGUGAUUUUACUCUAAAAAAAUACUUCGAACUCAAAUUUUGUACCAACCUAAAAUUACCAUGAAUUUAAAGAUUAACGACCUCUUCGAAAGUUGAUGUGUAAUUUUUUUUCGCCAUUUUAUAUCACUUUGAAUGUGAUACGUACCGUCACCAUUACUCAUAACUAGACUGCGGAUGUUUAUGCAUUUAUGGGAAAUUUUAAUCCUCAA